AUGAGGAAGGGACAUCAACUCACCAUGGAGCAGAGAUCCAACCUUAUUGUUCCUGUGACUAAGCUUGAAAUAGAAAAUGAUCUUAAGGGCAUUGGAGACUUAAAAUUCCUUGGUAUUGAUGGCUAUGGAGCCAAAUUUUUAAAGGCCAGUUGGGAUACCAUCAAGCAUGAUGUGAUAGCAGCAGUGAAGGAAUUAUUUGACAAAGGUGCUUUGUAUAGAGCUUUCAAUGAAACUGUGGUUACCUUGAUCCCAAAACAUUCAGCAACUAAGACAAUUAAAGAAUACAAACCUAUAGUAGGGUAUAUCACCUUCUAUAAAAUCAUUUACAAAAUUCUUACUGCUAGGCUUCGAAGAGUCCUUGGGAGCACCAUCAACUAG